AUGGAACUUGUAACUGAACGUUUGCUUUAUGAAGAAACAAAGCUGAAUGAGCGAGAAAAGUCCCCCAAAGCCUCGGGUAAAGUUAUGGCGGCCUCGAGGACUGAUAGGAAAUCAAUUAAAUGUCAUCACUGUGGAAAGUUUGGACAUAUAAGACGUUUUUGUAAAGAUUUGAACAAAGACAAAAUCGCAAAGGAGUCUAAAUCACCUUUAAACAAGGGACAACAAGCUGGAAAGGGGCAGUCAGGUUCUCGUAGUGAAAGUUUAGGAUUUGUUGCACAAAGUUUGGCAGCAAAUACAUGUGGAACUAACAGUGAAACAUGGAUUGUUGACUCUGGUGCAACAUGCCACAUGUGUAACAACAAAGCUUUGCUUGAAGACUUUGUUGAAUUCAAUGAGCCUAUUGAUGUAAUGCUUGGUGAUGGAAAAGUUCUGAAUGCUGUUGGAAGUGGCAUUGUUACAGUAUGUACUAAUCUUGUGAAUGGAAAGCAGCAAGAGUGUAAACUACAUAAUGUACUUUUUGUUCCGAUACUGAGCUAUAAUCUACUAAGCGUAUCGAAAGUGACUGAAGCUGGUAAAUCUGUUAGUUUUGAAGAAACAAAAUGCAAUAUUUCAUGCAGUGACGGGGAAAUUAUUGCAAUUGCAAAGAAAGUUGGAUGUUUGUACUAUUUGGAUUUUCAACCUAUCUUAGAAUGUUCAAAUGCUGUAUCAAAUGAAGGAACUGAACUCUCAAAUGAAAUGUUAUGGCAUCAACGUUAUGGACACUUGGGAGUCCAAAGUUUAAAGCGAUUAGCAAAUGAAGAUUUAGUUGAAGGUUUCAACUUUGAUACAAAGAAAGAUUUGGAGUUCUGUGAUGCAUGUGUACAAGGAAAGUUACACCGGUGUUCGUUUCCUAAUAGUGGUGCAAAGAGAGCUAGUGAACCACUAGGCUUAGUGCAUAGUGAUGUGUGUGGAAAGAUAAACACUAAGUCAUGCGGUGGUGCUGAAUACUUUCUAACAUUCACAGAUGACAAAACUCGCUAUGCCUGG